AUGACCCACGAGCUCCUGCCGCGCAAGGCCGAGGACUUCCGUAAGCAAGCGUACUGGGACACGUUCUUUGAAAAACGGAGCGAAAAGGCCUUUGAAUGGUACGGAGACUAUGCGUGUCUCCGUUCGGCUUUCCAGGCGCUGCUAGGGCUACCACACGACGCGCCGACGUCGCUUUUGCGCCGCUUGAAAGCCAAUCUUCGUGUCCUCGUUAUUGGCUGCGGCAAUUCGGCGCUAAGUAACGACCUGGCAGUCGAUGGUUACAGUAAUUUGCUGAGCGUGGACUUCAGUGAGCGCGUGAUUGACGAAAUGAAGCGGAAGCAUCCAGCGCUACAGUGGCAGGUGAUGGACAUGACAGACAUGCGGACGCUGGCGGACAAUAGCUUUGACCUUGUUAUGGACAAAGGAGCGCUGGAUGCUCUGAUGGCUGAGGAUACUGCAGCUGUUAAAGAAGAUGCGUCGAGGAUGUUGCAGGAAGUGCGGCGUGUACUGGCUGCUGGGGGACGGUACUGCUGCGUGACGAUGGCCCAAGACUUUAUUUUGCAGCAUCUACUUGACUUCUUUGUCAUGGACGUGCACGAAGAGGCGACGGUCUGGAGUGUGACCGUGCAGGAGCUCCCGCGAGAACGACGGAAACCUUUUGUCCCGUUUCUUGUGGCAGCGCUCAAGUGCCGGAAGGCAGACGUCAGAGCGCAGGCAAAGGUCCGGUACAAUGCCAAGCACUUUGUUAGCGAAAAAGAUGAUGCGAGACUGCGCUGGUUGACUCACGAAGUGGAAGCGACGCAGUGGUUUGCUAUGACGCAGGCGGCACUGCGUCAAUUGAAAGUUGGUAGACAGGAGCUGAUUGAGCUGAUUGCCAAUGACGAAAAGUCCAUGACAAAACAGGUUGAAAGCCAGUGCGGAGUCGUAGAUGGACAAGUGAACCCUAGGUUUACUUUGCGCCUUGUUGACACGAGUCAGCGCGGACCCAAUGGUAGUUGUGCCGUCUUCCUCAUCCCACAAGGUCGUGAGCACGAGUGGAUGUUCUCGACUGAAGAGGGAGCGAACGAACUCGCAGUAGGGGCUGGGUUUAGCCGUUUGAUCCUUGUAGCGUUCGGUCGCGGUGGCCACGCCUUUGAGAGCGCUGCAAAGGUACAAGAAGAGUUGAACGCCAAGAUCAUGGAGCUGGCCCCUGACACGCUUGGCCCGGAUGAGAAGAUUCCAUACUUGACGGUGGAGGAAGGUCUUGGUGCUCGUAACAUUGUCCAUCAGAGCACGUCCUCGCUCAGCGGUGCUUUCUUUGUGGAAGAAGUGAAGGAGGAUGGUGAGCUACUUCGGCGCCUGGUGUUCUUAAGUAAUACGAACGUCAUCCAGAGUGAAGUGAAGCUGCAAGACCUCAGCCCUGCUAUUCCCACACCUUCCACUGCUACUCCUGUUGAGAGCCACCAGCAAGCUUCUAGCAUGACUUCUGAAGACGCCGCAACUGCUGCAAGAAAGAAGAAAAACAAGAAGAAGAACCGGAAAAAGGAGCAAAAGGCUAAGGCAAAGCGGGCAAGCGUGGACACGUCCUAUUUGGCAUUCGGGUAUCACAAGGGUAUGGUUGCGGCGCUCCAUGCAACAUCGUUGUCUUCUAGUACGAAUACCGCCAGUCUGCACCGCACGUUGGUGCUUGGUCUCGGCGGGGGUUGUCUGGCGCAGUACCUGCACGAUAAUGUUUCCGGCAUGGAUGUGACAGUAUGCGAAAUUGAUCCCUCUAUCGUGACGGUCGCUGAACAGUAUUUUGGCUUUCAUCCGGACGAGCGUAUGCGUGUGGUGGUAGCCGAUGCGCUCGAAUAUGUUGCGGAACAAUCUACAGCAGCUCCUAGACCCAGCUUCGACUCCAUUAUCGUAGACGUGGACGCGAAACAGCGAGAUGUCGGCAUGAGUUGUCCACCUGUUAGCUUCGUCGAGGACGCGUUCCUGACACAAGUGCACAGCCUACUGAGUUCUCGUGGAGUGCUGCUUGUUAACGUUUCCUGCCGCGAUAGUGUACUGUACAAGGAAAUCAUUGCGCGAUUAGAGCGUGUGUUUGCAGACUCACGUGUAGUUUUUGCGCUGAGACCCGGUGAGCAGGACGUCAACAGUGUUGUAUUCGUCCGCAAAGCAGACGCGAAGGGACUUGAUGCCAAGACAUUGUUGCAGCAGCUGCAUCGUCAUGGUCGUCGCCGCGGUGAGGCCCAGCACGCACCUGGUUACGUCGAUGAUGAGCUGUGCGAGCUCAUUCGCGACAUCGAAAUUACGAAAUAG